AUGACGGCAGCACGCUACAAUAAUCUUAUUGUUAUGCAUGUAAACAAGGCCAGAACUGAUGAACUGGACUUACGUUUAAUAGCUAAGGACUUUGUUCUGAAAAACGAACGUAGGGAUUGUAGAUGCAGAUUUUACGUGGGAAAACCUAUAGAUGGCUUAGAUAUUUUGUUUUCUAAAUUUCAUGAGGCGAAUGUUAACCGUGUUCCAGUUUUGAGGAUAUUUGGCUCAACUCCUGGUGGACAGAAAACUUGUGUUCAUAUUCAUCAAGUAUUUCCUUACUUAUACAUACCUUACGAUGGAACUAAACCCACAGAUAAAUAUCUGAAACAAUUUACGACAAGUGUAGACUUUGCUGUUCAAGUUGCGUUUGGUAGAACAUCAUCUUCUAUGAAAUAUGUUCAUAAAACUGAAAUUGUUAAAAAAAUACCAUUUUAUGGUUAUCAUGAGAACGAAGAAGAGUUUAUUAAGAUGGAGUUGUACAAUCCAAGAAUAAUUCCCAAACUUGUUGAUCUUCUUCAGAAUGGAGCUAUAUUGAACAAGUCAUUUCAACCACACAAAGCUCAUGUUCCUUAUAUUCUACAGAAAUUUAUGCCUGGAUCCUACUGUGAAAAAGUCAGUCGUUGUGAACUUGAAGUUGAUGUAAUUGCUGAAGACAUCUUGAAUCAAAUAAAUGUUGAAAGUUGUAUUGGUCAUAAUCCUGGUAUAACUGCUAUGUGGGAAGAUGAAAGACAACGAAGACGAGAUAUUGGACUAUCUUCACAAGUUGCUCUUCCUGUUUCACAAGGUAGUGAUGAUGAACAUGAUGAAGAUAUUGAUGAAGAUAAAGAAUCAAUAUUAAUGUUACAGCCAUUUUGGAAAGAUGAUGAAGAGGAACAUGAUUCCCAAAGCUCGGAGGAUGAAGAGGAAAUGGACUGGAAACCACCUUUACGUAUGUCUCAAGUGGAUGGUCCUGAUAAUGAAGAGGACUCCAGGGGACAUGUGUAG